AAAGAAGCGAUGAUGUCAAGCGGAACAUCCGCCGCGCCCCCACAAUUGAUCUACUCUAAUCUGAGAAAGCUCUACGAAACCCCGCAUACGCGGAAAUUCUGCAGAAAGACGCGUUUGCUUUGCUCACGAAUCCAGUUAGAUGUUACUCUAGGCAUUCUAACUCGAGAGUACAUCACUAGCCGGUGGCUCUAUAUUGUAUAGCUACGAGGGCCAUUCCUGACUCAGAUAGAGCAUAUCGAACCUUGAAAAGCAGCUACGGCUCUGAGCAGCCGGGGACUAUUGCGGAUACGUUCCCUUCAUCACUGCACUGCACUCCAUCACCGGCCCACCAUGUCUCGACCGCGCAAAGACAGACGUGAGCCGUCGCGAGAUGUAGCAGUCUCAAAAGCUUUAAGCUAUCUCCUACGACAUGCGGCGGAAAGGGAAGGGCUAAAGAUGAAUUCUCAAGGCUACGCUAAUGUGGCGGACGUGCUAGCCUGGAAGAAGAUCAAGUCUCUCAAAGUCACCUUUCCUGAGAUCUUGCACGCUGUCGACUCGUCAGAUAAAAAGCGCUUUGCGCUAUUACACAUCCCCUCCGCUUCGGCCGACACAUCGAAAGAAGAAGCCACCGCAGAACCUACAAAAUCUACCGUCGCAGACGGAACACACGAGGGGCCUACACCCGCGGAGGACGAUUCCUCGACGAUUCUUGGGUCCGCGCCUUCUACGAGUCAGGAGCAGCAGAGCUCGACGGCCCAUGCGCUGUCCGUCGAUGAUUCAGAUCCAUCGCAUUUCCUAAUACGCGCUACUCAGGGACACAGUAUCAAGACAGUAGAUGCGGCUUCAUUCCUAGAAAGACUAUCUCUGUCCGACGAUGCCCCAGAAACUGCAAAGGCCCUUCCAGAUACAGUCGUGCAUGGUACAUAUCACGCCGCAUGGCCGGCAAUCCUGGCUUCCGGGGGACUGCGAUGUAUGAGUCGGAACCAUGUCCACUUCGCGACAGGGCCGUCGCUUGAAUCCAUCAUGCCAGAAGGUCAAGGUGGACAAGUAAAAUUGCUGGAUAGCAGGAAGGAUCUCCAGAACGGACAUGUGAUAUCGGGAAUGCGCAGAGACGCGCAGGUGCUGAUAUACAUUAAUCUGAAAAAAGCGCUGGAGGCUGGGUGUCCGUUUUGGCGGAGUGAGAAUGGCGUCAUUCUCAGUGAGGGUAUGGAUACGGGCGAAGCGAGCAAUGGAAAAGAUACCAAGCAGAAGGUUGUCCCGCUUGAGUUCUUCGAUGUGGUUGUUGAACGAAAGGCAGGCCUGGGGAUUCUCUUUGAGAACGGGAAGGUCGUCCAGGAGUUGCCGUCCGAGUUGACUGGGAAACCACAUCCGAAGGGGAAGAGGGUCGAUACUAGAGGGGCGAAAGGGAACCGAAAAGAAGGAAAAGAAUCCAGAAAGGCAGAGGAAAAUACAAGAAACCAGGUAGAAGGAUAGGUAUGAUAGCUUAGAUAUAAUUCAAUCUGAACUCGUAUCCGGUAUCAACCUAAUGGCUGUUCAAAGUGUAUGCAAGGGCAGCUUGAACACAAGCGUCCUCCGUGUCUAUAAACCAGCAU